UUAGCAGGAAACGUUUGCUAGUACCACCGGAAUAACAACAUUAGCUUACACGGCUACGUGUUUUGCUUUGACGUUUAAGUCUAAUAGGCGUUUAUGUCAGUAUUUUAACCCAUCCUGUUAAUGUGAAUGGUUACAAAAUAGUCACAGUUUUGUGUUGAUGUAGAACUAAUAUCCGCUUGUUGACGUGAAACCUGUUGGUAAACGAUGGCGGGUUAAGGCUUCAGGCUAACCUUCGAUUUAUCGUCGAAACUUCUAACAAAUAACUAUAAAGAAACAACCCUGCGUAAAGUGGUUGUAAAGUAACAAAGGAUUUUAAUAGGGAGAAGCUUAACUUUCUCUCGUCUAAUGGCUGCUUUAGGAUUUAUUCCCGCCAGUGAAAAGGAUGCUUUCAGUGUUAGGUCGGAGCCGAUUUCUUCCAACAGAAGCUCCAAAUUGAGCGGAGAAGAAGUCAGGAGGUUCUAUGAGGACUUGAUGAAAGAUGACACAACUCGAGCAGAACGAUCGAAAAGAGCAACAAACAAGAACAAUCAUGACAGGGGCUCCAACAGGAGAGCGCGGAGAGCCGCAGCUGAACGAGUCCAGCAGGAAAACACUGAUUCUGUGGCACAAAGAGACAGAAGAAACCAAAGAGAAGCAGUCAAUUCAGAGAGAGUUCAGGAGCUGAUGGGACUGAGGCUCCUGCGCUGCGCUCAUCAAGGGGAUAUUUCAGGACUAAAGGAGCUGAUCUCAAAAGGAGUGGACAUAAACUUUCAGGACACAUAUCUCUGGACAGCUGUGAUGUGUGCCAGCUGGGCAGGGCAACAAGAUGCUGUGAGGCUAUUGCUGCGUCAGGGUGCAGCCUGGGUCGGAGUGGUCGAUACAAGGGGUAGGGAUGCCCAAGACCUGGCAAGAGAAGCUGGUCAUGAAGACGUCUUAAAUGAGUUGUUAAACUAUGGAAGAAGUCCACAGAGAGAGGCAACUACUGAGAGCAGCUUGCACCAGCCUCAAUGGUGCGAUAUAUGCCGCUGUGAGUUCCGAACCAGCCACUCGUCGCAUCUUUCUUCCACUCUGCAUCAGUUCAGUGAGCAUCACCCUCAGCCCUCGCCCUAUUACUGCCUCCCUCCAUCCAGCAACAGCUACAAGAUGAUGGUUCGCUGCGGCUGGAAACCAGGCACUGGUCUCGGGCCAGAGGCCGAUGGGCCUAAACAGCCGGUAUCGACUGUGUUAAAGAGAGACCAUAAAGGUCUGGGAUUCGGACCCGUCAAAAGAGCUAAGGUUACUCAUUUCAAAGCAGGGGAUCAGAGUGCUGUAAAACACCGACCUCAAGACAGAGAAGAGAGGGGGAGGAAAGGGCAGAAGAAAGAUGAGACCAAGAGAAGAGAGCAGAAAGAUAGAAACUGGGAAAGAGAUUUUCGUGCCUCAUUUUAUCAAUAGCACCUGAUUUCUGUUCUGUUUUUGACUUUACCUCAGAGUUGGCACACAGAUGUUUUUGGAUGAACUUUUCUUGUGAGUAUAUGUUGUGCAAUGGUUCACCAACUGUGUCAAAUGUUAUUUAUCACAUUUCUACGUUCAUGUCUACUGUCUACUCUACUUUGACUUACUAAAACCCGGUCAAAAAUCAGCAGUUUGUUUCUACAACUGUUUUUUUAAAUAUACCAAAAUGAA